CGCAUAUGUAAAUAAAUUCACACAAAAGAAAAGAAGUAAUUAUCUAAUAGCCACCUUCACUCUUCACACUUUCCCACCACUUGUCACGCAACUUCCUCUCCACACACACACACACUUCACCUACUAUAUAUUUACACACUCUUUCAUCUCUUCUUCAACAAACAAAAAAAACAACUCUUCUUGCAUUUUAAGUUCAGUUCAUCACAAAAGCCUCUCUAAAUUCUCCUUUUUUUUUACCAGAAAGAUCUUCAGAUUCUAAUCUACUAAUGGCUCUUGAGACUAUCAGCUCACCGAGAUUAGCUUCUCCAGUUCCUCCUUUGUUCGAAGAUUCUUCAAGAUUCCAUGGCGUCGAACACUGGACCAAAGGUAAAAGAUCUAAACGGUCCAGAUCUGACUUCCACCACCAGAAUCUCACAGAAGAAGAGUAUCUCGCUUUCUGUCUCUUGCUCCUCGCUCGUGACGGCGACCGCAGCAACCGUAACCCUCUUCCUCUUCCUCUUCCUCCGGUGACGGUUGCUGACAAGUCUUCUACCUACACGUGCAGCGUCUGCGACAAGUCGUUCUCGUCUUACCAAGCUCUCGGCGGACACAAGGCGAGUCACAGAAAAAACCUAUCACAGACCCUAUCCGGCGGAGGAGAUGAUCAAUCGACGUCGACGGCGACAACCACAUCCGCCGUGACGACCGGAAGUGGGAAGUCGCACGUUUGCUCGAUCUGUCACAAGUCGUUUCCUUCGGGUCAAGCUCUCGGUGGACACAAGCGGUGUCACUACGAAGGGAAUAAUAACAAUAAUAAUAACAGUAGCAGCAGCGUGGCUAACUCUGAAGGAGCGGGGUCCACCAGCCACGUCAGCACUGGUCACCGUGGGUUCGACCUAAACAUCCCUCCUGUACCUGAAUUCUCGCCGGUUAACGGAGACGACGAAGUGAUGAGCCCCAUGCCGACGAAGAAGCCCCGGUUUGACUUCUCGGAGGAAGCUUAAUUAGACUAUCAGAUCUUUUUCAUGUGCUCUGUUUUGAGUUAUGUAGGAAUUUGUUGGUUGUACAGACAAAGUUUCGGACAUUGAUUCAUUCCUGUCUUGUACUUUUUUCAGUUAAAGUUAUUAUUACUAAACUCAUUCUUUGUCAGAAUAGUGUUUGUCUUUUCUGUAUUUAAACUGAUACAUGUAAGGGUUUUUCAUAGUUUUGUUUGAAUAAUACCAUACCUCUUGCUACAACUCUGUUCUUAGUUCUAAUUUUACAUUUACAUGAAUAAUCAAACUCAUAUCCCC